AUGGAGGAGGGCGAGGGCCCGGCCCCGCUCCAGCCGCAAGAUGCCAGCGAGCCCAGGCUGGGGCUGCGGCAGCGGCGCAGCAGCAGCAAGCGCGCUGCCGCCGACGGGGCUCUGCCGCCGCCGCCGGGCGCGAAGAAGGCCAAGGCCUCCGGCGGAGGCGGCAGCGGCGGCGGCCGCGUGCGGUUUGCCGGGCCGCGCGCGGCGGCGGCGCCGGGAUCUGCUGCCGCCUCUGUGACCGACCUUGCGGCCCUCGGCGGCCGCUCUGGCUGGCCGGCGCAGUGGCAGGGGCAGGGGCAGGAGGUGGAGAUGGAGGCGGUGAGCGAUGAAGACAUGCCCGAGGACUUUGGUCUGUCAGACGGGGAUGCCGAGGAGGAGAUCGGGCAGGCGCAGGCGGGCAGGUCGCGGCGGCGCGCCUGGCAGCGCCUGAAGCUCUGGCGGCGGCGGGCGGCGGAGGAGGAGCAGCGGCGCGCAGAGGCCGCGGUGCGGGCGGCGGCGGAGGCGGCGGCGGACGCGGCGCGCGGGCCGCCGCCGGAGCCGCAGCGCGCCUUCCGCCUGCCCAUGGCCGCUGUGCCCGACCUGCUGAUGGUGUGGGAGUUCACGCAGGCGUUUGGCGAGCUGCUGCAGCUGCCUCCCUACUCCCUUGCCGCUCUGGAGGCAGCGCUGGACCCGGGGCCGCACCUGCCGCGCCCUGCCGCCCCAGCAGGCGCCGCCGCCACCCCCGCCCCCACGACCACCGCGGCGGCCGACACCGGCGGCGGCGGCGGCGCGUCGAUGGCGGCGGGAGAGGAGGAAGUCAGAUCGCCCUCCAAGCGGCAGCAGCAGCAGCAGCAGCAGCAGGAGCAGCAGCAGGGCCCUGGGCCUGAGCAGCAAGCCGGGGAGCAGGUCUCAGCCGAGCAGCAGCAGCAGGCGGAAGCGGCAACCCAGGAGGAGUCUGCUCCCCCUCUGCAGCCCCCCAGCGAGCCGCCGGCGGCGGCACCGGAGCAGCAGGCGCCGGCGGCAGCAGCGCCGGAGCGGCAGGCGCCUCCUGCCGAGCAGCCGCCACCUGCCGAACCUCAGCAGGCGGCGCCUGCUGCUGAGGAGCCGCAGCAGCAGGCGGGCGAGCAGCAGGCCCCGCAGGCGGAGCAGCCAGCAGCAGAGGAGCAGCAGCAGGAGCAGCAGCAGGGGCAGCAGCAGCAGCAGGAGGCGGCAGAGGUGGAGGGUGAUGGGCAGCUUCCCUCCUCCGAGCACCUCUUCUUGCAGCAGCUGGCCAGCCAGUUUGGGGAGGCGGCGCAGCAGGGGCAGACAGGCGAGGAGGCCCCUGCAGCUGCGGCAGAAGCUGAGGCCGAGGCCGAGCAGCCUGCACCGCGGCAGCGGCGGCAGCGGCGGCGGCGGGCUUAUGAAGAGGAGGGCGAGGCAGAGGACGAUGAAGAGCAGGAGGAAGAGGAAGAGGAGGAGGAGCAAGAUUCUGACGAUGAGGAGGAGGAGUGGGAGCAAGACGAGGAGGAGGAGGAGGAGGAGGAAGACGAGGAUGACGAUGAGGAGGAGGAGGCGAGGGCGGGGUACGGCUCGAGGCGCGGGCGCCCGCCGGCCUCCUCCCGCCGCGGCGGCGGCAGGCCGCUCAUCCGCACCCGGCGCCAGGCGGCGAGCGACCAGCGCCAGCCCCUGCUUCCGCGGCCGCCGCUCGCCGGCGCCAUCUCCGCCGCCGCCGCCGUCCCGGCGGCCACACCUGAGCAGAUAGAGCAUGCGGAGCGGCUGCAGCGCAAGUACGGGCUGGCUCCAGAGGCGGCCCGCAGGCUAGUGCCUCUUGACCGGGACUAUGCCGCCUCUGGCGCCCUGCUGCGAGACGUGUGCUGCGCGCUGCUGCGCCUGGCGGCGGGGCGCGCGCCUGGGGCCAGCGGCGGCAGCGCGGCGGCGGCGGCCGCGGCGGCGGCGGGGGCAGGGGCCGCGCCGCCGGAGCAGCCGCGGGCCGCCAGGCUGCAGAGCGAGGAGAACGAGCUCCUGGCCGCCCUGGUGCGCCUGGCCCUGGGCUCGGAGCAGCUUCAGGCGGAGCUGGGUGAGAGGGUGGAGGCGCUGGCGGCGGCGCGGCGGGGCGGCAGGGACGGCGGCGGCGCCGGGGACGAGGAUUCGGAGGGAGAGGGGGAGGCCGGGGCCCCGCUGCUGGAAGCCGGCGGCGGCGGCGGCGGCGGCUACCAGGGCGCGGCGGCAGCGGCGGCAGCCUUUGCGGCUUCCGCACACCCCACCCCCGCAGCCUCGGCGCAGCCUCCGGGGGCCGGCUGGGAGGCUGCGGGCGGUGGCGACGAGGCCGCCACCGGCGGCGGCCGCCGCGCCGGCUCCGAGGCGCCGGCGGCCUCGGGCUGCACGGGGUGGUCGUCG